GGCAGUGUGUACAUGAAAUGGAGUUGGAUCCCACGGAGACCGCCCUUUAUCUGUGCCCCGUCCGUGAAGCACGACACUGGCAUAUACCCAGUGUGCUGUAACACAGACUACUGCAACAAAGACCCUGGCACAAACCAUACCUGUUUGCCCCCUCCAGUCCCCACAGAAAAUCCUCCUCCACUGGGUCCUGUGGCCCUCGCAGCAGUCAUUGCCGGCCCUGUGUGCUUGUUCUGCCUGCUGCUUGUUAUAGCAUUCUACCUUUGCCACAGCCACAGGGGCCUAGCAGCUGGGGGUGCUGCCCACCAUCACCACCACCACCGAGUGCCCAACGAAGAGGACCCCUCAAUGGACCAUCCAUUUAUUACUGUUGGAACAACACUGAAAGACCUCAUUUAUGAUAUGACCACCUCUGGCUCUGGAUCAGGCCUACCACUACUAGUACAGAGGACCAUCGCCAGGACCAUCAUCCUCCAGGAGAGCAUUGGCAAAGGGCGUUUUGGAGAGGUGUGGCGAGGCAAAUGGCGUGGUGAGGAGGUGGCCGUGAAGAUCUUUUCCUCUCGCGAAGAGCGUUCCUGGUUCCGUGAGGCUGAGAUCUACCAGACCGUGAUGCUAAGGCAUGAGAACAUUCUGGGCUUCAUCGCUGCUGACAAUAAAGAUAAUGGGACGUGGACUCAGCUGUGGCUGGUGUCGGACUACCACGAACAUGGCUCCUUGUUUGAUUACCUGAAUCGUUACACCGUUACCGUGGAGGGCAUGAUCAAACUGUCCUUGUCCACAGCCAGUGGCCUCGCACACCUUCACAUGGAGAUAGUGGGCACACAAGGUAAGCCAGCUAUUGCCCACAGAGACCUGAAGUCAAAGAACAUUCUCGUAAAGAAGAAUGGGACCUGCUGCAUCGCUGACCUGGGUCUAGCCGUUCGCCAUGACUCAGCCACUGACACCAUUGACAUUGCUCCAAACCACAGAGUGGGAACCAAAAGGUAUAUGGCUCCAGAGGUCCUGGAUGACUCCAUAAACAUGAAGCACUUUGAGUCCUUCAAGCGAGCUGACAUUUACGCAAUGGGACUGGUCUUUUGGGAGAUCGCCAGUCGCUGUUCUAUGGGAGGCAUCCAUGAGGACUACCAGCUGCCAUAUUAUGACUUGGUCCAGUCAGAUCCAUCAGUGGAGGAGAUGAGAAAAGUGGUUUGUGAACAGAAACUUAGACCCAACAUUCCCAACCGCUGGCAAAGCUGUGAGGCUCUGCGGGUGAUGGCGAAGAUAAUGAGGGAGUGCUGGUAUGCCAACGGUGCUGCCCGGCUCACCGCUCUGCGGAUCAAGAAGACCCUGUCUUGCCUCAGCGAACACGAGGGAAUUAAGAUGUAGACACCGCUACCAAACAUACUGGCAUCCACACUGCAAGCAUUACAGCGUUAUUAGUACUUCAUUAUCAUCCACUGAUUGUUCCUCCCCUUUAGUCUGAAGGGAACUGAAGACUUUCCUAUCUGCUCCUAUUAUAUUUCCCGUUUCAUUCAUUGACGGCUGUCUGGAUGGAGAAAGCGAUGCUGGAUCUGUUGAGGGAUGUUUGUGCCUGACUGGGAUAACGGAGACAUCAAAGGAAGUCUCCACCCAUGUUGAGACGACUAACGAGGUGUCUCCAAGGCCCAUAGAUACAACUGGUGUUCACCUCAACUCUCACUUCCUCCGCUCACCACACAGCCGCCCAACAAGAGCUCAGACCUCAUUGGGUAAACAAAAGGCCAGAUGCGCAGCUGGGAGUCACCUGGGAGGCGCCUGAGCUGCCGGAGCUUCGCUUACAUCUCCUUACAUCUUCAUAAUCACCUCCUCAUUUGUAUAUUAGCAUUUCGUACUUUACUUCAGGGUGUUAAACAACUCGUCAGCAGGGCUGCAGGUCUCACACACACACACACACACACACACACACACACACACACACACACACACACACACAUUUUUAAUGCUCUUUUAAGUCUUAAAAUAUUAUACUUCCACUCACUGUCGUCAAGUGGAGAGCUAAUAAUGAGUCAGCCAUCAUAGCUAAUAUUUAAGAGACUAAGGAUUACUCAGCAGACAGUACUUUAUUGCAGCCCUACUCUUGAGUCAUCUAACAGUAGCACUAAGGCUGUAGUACAACCUGAGGUCUUGGACAGCCUGCAAGCUGCCCACUGGGGUCCACUCAAACUUUGGCUUCGUCUGGUCAAAUUGUAAGCAGAAUCUUUCAACUCUUUGCACCAGUGUUUCAUUCGUUACUGUGUACUUACCCACCUCCCAUCAGCUAGUCAGGGAGCUGGACAGGUCAGUUUAAUUUAUUGUGUUUUUUUUUUAUUUCUUUCUGGUGGCAGGGGAUCUUUUUGCAAAUCUAAACUGGACAUGACCUCAUUCAUUGUUGGCGAACAUGCUGCAACAUAUGCAAUAUACAGUAGAUAAAUGUGUCUAUUUUCUAUACUCUGCUCUGUUGAAACCACAAACAGCGAGAACAACAGCAAUCAGCUGCCACCAUGCCUUCCAAGCCAGCUGUUACCGGAAAGUGCCAGUGCUUUAAAAAACCCAACUCCUUUCGUGUCGGCGGCGGUGAGGUGCGUCCGUUCUUGCAUGUAUGCAGCUUUGUGCGCGUGUCGGUGAAGGCCUGAAGACCCUGCCGAGCAUACAGCGGGCUUGUACUAUGCACAAAAGCAGUAGGGAUGGAAGGCAAGAAAGGCCACAUUGCACACCAUAGCACCCACACGUCAGCUGACUCUCUGGUGCCAUUUUGUCAGACCCCCCCCCCCCCCCCCCCCCCCCUCACCUGAACACCCAACCACCUCCGCAGCAACUCAUUGUACAGCUUCUCCUUUCAGUGGACUGAGACUGGAAACUGAGCUCCAGCGCCUCAAACUAAAAAAAAAAAUGUUACUAUGACAGCUCAUGGUGGCUUUCAAAAAAAAAGAUGUAGAGACUUGUAAGCAUUACUGAUGUUGCCCUAUAAAUAUAAACUGUUCUUGUGCUUGUGCUGUUAAACGCGCAGCAGCGCAAACAAACUUUUUAAGCAUUUUCUUCUAUGUUGGAUAAUCAAAACAAAUGGUGAGGUACAUUUUUUUAAAUAUAGCAAAUGGAUAUUUACUAAGCCAUAGUUUUCCAGGUUGUUUGUUAUUUUGUUUCUUCUUUGGGGCGAUGUGUUUUUCUACUAGAAUGUACAUUUAGGACAAGAAAAGAUGGGGGGAAAGUAUGCAUACAUUUUUAAUUUAAUUUUUUUCAUUUCAGCUUGGCAAGCCUUAAGGGACCAACACAUAAGAGUCAGGAGCUGCUCUUAUUAAUUCCUUUUUCAUUUGUUGUUUUAUGAAAAAUUCUAUAUACAUUAUAUGUGAAAUUGAUUAUUGACGAUAAAGGUAGUAUGAUAAUUUUAUCUUAAGGAGAAAAGAAAUAUAUGUAGCACCUGAUUUAAUGAUUUGUUUCAGUCAAGUGUUUGACCUGCUGCCAAAUUGCCAUAUUUUUAAACCCCAUUCUGUCUUACUUCACAGAUUAAGUGUCAAAAGUUUGAACAAAAGAACUUUUUGCUUUUAAAUACACAGGUUGAAAGUAACUGCACAAUUAGAGUUGAAAUACACAAAGUGAAUGAAACGAUAAGUGAAUUAGACGCCAGACAGUGAAACACGCGCUCUUGAUUGUUCAGCAAUAAGUGCACUUCUGAACCACUGCGGGGUUUACCUGUGUGGCAGUUUGGAUGUUGGUGAUUCUGUCUGCCUCCAUUGGUUUUCUUUAUGGAUAAGUAAUGUAUCGAUGUGCUGCUAUUUCGUUGUCCACCUCGCUUUCUAAGUGGAGGUGAGAGCUGCCGUUGGAUGUAGACAUUCUCAGAUUGCCCGAAUCUGAUCAUUCUGUGCCAUGUUGCCCCGAUGCAGCUCCAGCCCAUCGUCAUUUGGCAGGCACGCCUCUCAAAGACUUGCCUACGCGUCAGCCUCAGCCUGUGGACGGCCAUAGUUUUAACUCAGUAAAGUGGUGAGCCGGCUCCUGUGUAUAAGACAUCUGCAGCAUCCGUGGAACGUGGUUGGAACCGCUGUGCCAAUUUAUCAGUGGGCGUCCGAGUAGCUUAUCCUUUUCACUUCAAUGCACACAAAAACAGUUGGAUACAUUCUAGAGAUCUUUUGUUAUGGAGUAUAGAGGACGGAGGGGAUGCCUUACAGCAGCUGAUAAUGUAAUAACUGGUAGGAGUUGAACAUGUCUAAAAUGUACCUUUAAGCAAGUUGCGAGCAUUUAGUUCCACUACCAACUUAAAGACAAUUCAUUAUGUCUUUUAUAGCAUUUUUUUUUUCAUUAUUUGUUGACCUCAAAAUUGCAGUGAAUCACUUUUUAAAAGGUUCAAAAGAGCUUCUAGUGUGAAAACAAGCAUGGGAGGCUGAGGCUUUACAUUACCAUUACAUCAUCAGUUGCUAGAGGUUUUACUCAGCAAAUCCCCCGUCACUGUCAAAUCAAAUGCAGACGAGUGAGUCCCACUGUUCAGAUGCAUUUCUUUAUGAAUGGCAUUUACUGAGCUGCGUAGAAAUGCUCGGCAGUGGCCGAAGGAACAGAUGAAACCUUGAGGAGUAAAGGGUAAAAGUAAAAGAAGAAUGCUAAUAAAGAAAGUGAAGUGGAUAUCGCUGCUAUACUAAAUCCAGGGAAGGCGACAGACUGGGCUGAGCUAAGUGUUAGAUGUGUGCUACCGUGGUGAAACGCGAGGCCAAGCAGGUCCUUCCAGGCUGUGGGCCUUUGAGCCUGGGCCAGUGAUGGAGGCUGAGCGGCGCUGCCGGGUGCAGACGUCAGGCCCGUGUCAGGCCCUGUCAUGUCAUUCUCUGGGACAUUAGCAACAACAAAAGCUCAACUCAACAGCACCUCUGGUUUGCCUCUACCAGGACAACCUUCAUUCUGUCUUAAAGUCACCAGCAGCCUUGUACUUUUUCUUUUUCCGAAGCCCAAGAUAACUUAACUGUAAAAAGACGUUCGCUACCAGCUGUUUUCUCCUGUGGUCUUCACAGCUGUCUCUCUGUCCUUGAUUCUAACUUGCCUUUCUCUCUUGUCAUUGCACGUUCUCUGCUCGACAUAACAUGCCUUGUAGCUACAAGGGCCACGCGCGACCGCAGCGACCUCGCCUGGGCUCCCAGCAAAGACAUCCACGAUGUCGCAUGUAGCUGAGUGGAGAAUGCAGCCGUUGAGCGUAAUCAUGCAGAUUCCUCACCUCUGCUGCGCUGGCGCGUGUGUGCGCUUGUGUCGGCUUAUCAAUUUCAGGAAGUUACAGCGUUUGUCUGACGCAGCCUGAGCACCGCGAUGGGAGCAAUAGCUCAUCCUUUACAAAGCUGAGCGCCUUGUGAUGUGGCACAUCCUCUGUAGAAACAGGGUUUCUGUUUAAGAAUGUCACCUUGCCUUUUCUCUAAUUGUUUUAAAGGCUAUUGGAGGAGACUGUACGAAAAAAUAGUCCGCUGGUCAAGGUUGGGAAUUAGUAGCUGGGCCGUUCUGUGACUCAAACCCAUGUUUGUCAGCACGCUUAAUCCACGUUUCCUGUUCUCCGUGUUCACUGAUGGAGAGCCAAAGCAGGGAGAUGAAUAUGCCAGCUUCAAACCACGCACUGAGAAAUUCCCACAGCUGUGAAUGUAUCCACCGUCUCAGAGUCCAAGACCGAUCCGAGCACAACCUGCAUCACUCGGUGGCAGCGCCGUGCGCCAGCGUUCAGGAGCCCGGUUGGUUAGCGACACCUAGCCUAGCUACUGCUGAUGUGCAGCUGGGUCAAAUCCUCUGUAAAAGAGUCUGACUGACGGCUAUCACCCUCACAGGUGGGGCUUCACUGGAGUAGCUUUAGUCAGGUGUCCCUAAUAAACUGCUCACUGUGUGAACGCUGUCCCUCAUUAUGCAACGUCUGGGCCCGGUCCCGUCUGCCCAUUCGGCGUCACUGGACCCCACGGGUUCGGCGGCCUCUCUAUGCGCGCAUGAUCGACACACUGUGACGAGGACAGCGUUGGGGUUGGAGGAGGGCCCUUCUCCAUCGGCGGCGUCGACGGGUGACCGCCGGGUGCGCGUGGGGGUAGACGGGGAGCGCGGUUUGGGUCACCGAAGGGCUCGGGCAGGACGUUUCCCCUCCGGUGCGACGCUGCAGCGAGGCCUUUGUGGCGACAAGCGUAGCCGAAAGCUUUAUCAUGUUUUAUUUGGUGCCUAAGUUUGACAAGACUUCUUUUACUUCUCACCACCAAUGGCAAGACUGCAUGUGAUUGUGUGUCGCCACUGAUGUCUGCAUUACCUGCUUUAUAGAUGUCAUCCAAAAGCUGAGAAGAUCUUUUAAAAAAAGCAUAAUUAACAUAUUAAAAAGGUCACUUAAUCAAAAGAAAAUACCUCCUUCUAGAGACCAAUGUGUUUUACCUCACUGUAUAUAAAUAUAUAUAUUCCUGAUUUGUUUACUCCAACUUUGCAAUUUAUCCUUUUGUUUCUAUGAAAUGCUUAAAAAAAGGUAAAGAAACUGCAUUUGAUUGUGUUUGUGUUGUGCCCAGGCAGUAUUUCUAUUCUACAUGCUCUGUAUAUGACCUCUUGGUUGUGUUCUGCGUGAGCUGUACAGUCAAAGCGCUUUACAAAUGUCCAAGGCCCUUCCUGAGCUCUGCUAUAAAAUGCCUUGUUCAGUAUAUUCUUUAAUACAACAGAAGAAAAAAAAGAAUGAAUUGAAGUGGAGGUGGAGGAGGCUUCGAGCGCGAGGGGACGGACUGCAAAGCAAAAGAAAAACCCUCCGCCGCCGUCGAACCCUCCGCCUCACAACCCGCUUGGAUUUCUAAACAUAUAGUCCUUCUUUUUUUAUAGCGUGUACAGAUGAAUGGGAGCUCAACAUAGGAAGUAGAGGAUUGACACUUAUGUAAACUUGUAACAUAGCUGAAGUAGAACAUGGUGUGAAUAAAGAAACGUUUCACUACA